AUGUCCGUACCCCCAGAAGCCUACUUUGAGACCCAAGCACGAGUGACGACCUGGACCGACGAGCUUGAAUUCCUGGGGUACAUUCUAUGCGAGCUGAUUGAUGCCGAUGGAUUGAAUGAGAGAGGAUACCGAUGCCAUCAGGCAGCCGACCUGCCCGCUAUAAUCGACAUUAUUCGGUUGCAAUUGAAAGAUUCCCAUGGCAGGCUCGCCACGGUCAUGGGAGAAGAUCAAUUGAAAGCCCUCCGUCGAUUGAUGAGACAGGCGAAGCGAAUCCGAAACGAUAUGGCGCAUCAUACCACUCAGAACGAGCACAAGCUGGGAAACCUCGAGGAAACGAAGCGGAGCUUGUGUGAUUUGUUCGAGUGCGCUAUCAAGGCAGUCGCAUCGGAGCGUGGAAUCAGCCAGAUUACUUGGUCUCCGUGCUAUCACAUUUGCAAAACAUAUAUCGAAGAAAGAGGGCCUCUGACAGUCACGAUUCCGCUGAACGAGGAAUCUUUGCUGUUGCUUCGCCAAAGAGCUCUUCAAGACCACGACAUCAGUCAGAACGGGUUGCUUUAUCGCCGUCCGAAACGCAAGGCAACUGAAGAGAGCCGCAAAAAGCAGCGAGAUGACUAUGAAGCCGCCGUCACCAGACGGAGGCAGAAGCAAGAGCGAGAUCUGGCUAUGCGAUCCAGCCAUCUGACUCGGAAGCUGCAAAAACUGGAACAAAGAAUCCGCAUGUCCCGGGAGCUUCGGUCCGCCCAGAUAAACGUGCUAGCAGAUCGCAUGAGAGCAGAACAAGAAACGUUCCAUCGACAGCGAGAAGAGAUCCUUCAAAGUGGGCUGUUGCAGCCCGCCGGCCACGAGCCAAUUUUGUUGAUAACAAUAUUUCUGGCGGUCAGCUCCCCGCUCUGGAUACCUGGUGCGCUCCUCUACCACAUGUACAACAGAUUCUCUGUCUAG